GUGCCGAAGACUACUCCUCUAUGUCGAGACUUCUCCCGCUGCUGGAGACGCUGUCUUUGACUCACCCCGAGGUGUUCAUCCAGGAGCUGGCAUCAAACCUCAGAGCUGUCAUCGCCACUCACGGCGCCUACCGGCCUGAAAACAUCCCAGCUGCUGCUCAGCCCUCCAGAAAGCCUGAAACAACCCAGAACAACAGCGUGCCUUUUAGGAAAAAACAAAAGUUUCAAACUGAAGCAAACGACUCACAGACUCGUCCUCAUUCAUCUCCUCUGGACAGUAACUCACCCAGCAACACCAACGUCAGACAGCCAGCGUCCUCUGGAGGCUCGACAGCAGGAACUAGUCCAAAAGACAAAGGGAGGACUUCUGGCACCAGCAACCUUUGCCCUCCCACCAAGCCCUUUUCUGAUUGGCUGCUGGAGGCGUGUGACCCGGACGUGCCAACCCGAGCGGUCGCCCUGCGGGUGCUGACCCAGAUGAUGCAGAAAAGAGACCCAGAGGCUGUUCAGGCCCAGGAGAAAGUCCUCGUGCUCUUCUUAGAAAACCUGGAGCACGAAGACUCAUUUGUCUACCUGUCAGCCAUUCAAGGUUUGGCUGCCUUGGCUGAUUCAUACCCCGAGAGGAUUCUGGAAAGGCUCCUGAAAGACUUCCAACAUGGUCCGUCCCUCCCCACAUCCAAGAAGGAGCACUCCCUGGAAACCCGCCUCAAAGUGGGAGAAGUGCUGAUGAGGGCGAGCAGGGCGAUGGGUGAACUGGCGCCACACCUUGGCCGUCCUCUGCUCGGCGUCUUCCUGCAGGGAACCAGAGACCCAGACCAAAGCGUCCGGGCCAGCAGUCUGUCCAACCUGGGGGAGCUCUGUCAGAGGCUGGACUACGCUUUAGGAGCGCUGGCUCAAGAGCUCAGCUCCUGUCUGACUGCGCUGAUAAAGACAGAGAAGGAGGCAGAGGUCAGGAGAGCUGCUGUCCAUGUUAUCACCCUGCUGCUCCGAGGCCUCAGCGACAAAACCACACAGGUUCUCAGUGACGUGUUGUUGGACCUGUACCGGGCUCUGAAGUGGGUGGUUCGCUCAGACCCGGAUGACGUCGCGGUGCUCCACGCCCAGCUGGCUCUGGAGGAGCUCGAUGACGUAAUGAAGAGGUUCAUCUUCCCUGAGCAGAAACUGGAAAAGAAGAUCGUUGUCCUGCCGUAGAACUCAAAUGUUAUUCCUUUGGCGUCUUCAUAGCCCCUUCAUACGUUGGACUUUAUUUUUUUAUGCUCUGCUUAAAGGU